CAACUUUGUCUUUAGCCUGAGAACUGCUCUUUCAGCUCACAACAAAGGAUUUCAUUGCUGUAGGAACUGAGGUGUGUCUCAGUUUUUACCUGGGGGAAAGAGUGAUGCAAGUGUUUCUGAGGAGACCAAUCCUUGGGUGAGGUUGGGCAGGAGCCCUCGAGAAGGCCACCUUGGACUCCUGCGCCAGGCUGCAGAGGCUCUGCUGCAGGAAGGUGACAUCCUCUAUCCUCUGGGGACAGAGGGCUGGGAGGGCCGCCACGGAGGCUCUCUUGGAUUUGUUCUCCAGGGAACAGAGACCAUGGCUUGGCUCGUCCCCAAGCCCAUCCGGGCUCUGGCCAUUUUAAUGGUCUUUGUAUUGGUUCAUGGAGAAUUACAGAUAGAGACAAAAGAGCCCCAUGGAGAAGAUGAGACAGCAGUUCAACAGGGGAAAAGAAGGCACAAACGAGAGUGGGUGAAAUUUGCAACGCCCUGCAGAGAAAGAGAAGACAACUCCAAAAGAAACCCCAUUGCCAAGAUUACUUCAGAUUUCCAAACAACCCAGAAAAUUACCUAUAGAAUUUCUGGGGUGGGAAUUGAUCAGCCUCCUUUUGGAAUCUUUAUUGUUAACCCAAACACGGGUGAAAUUAAUAUAACAGCCAUCGUUGACCGAGAGGAAACCCCAAGCUUCCUGAUCACGUGUCGAGCUCUAAGUGUCCUAGGACAAGAUGUAGAGAAACCGCUUAUACUAACGGUCAAAAUUUUAGAUGUUAAUGAUAAUGCUCCAGUAUUUUCACAAAGAAUAUUCAAGGGCGAAAUUGAAGAAAACAGUGCUUCAAACUCGCUGGUGAUGAUACUAAAUGCCACAGACGCAGAUGAGCCAAACCAUCUGAACUCUAAAAUCGCCUUCAAAAUCGUCUCCCAGGAGCCCACAGGAACACCCACGUUCCUCAUAAGCAGAAACACUGGAGAAGUCCGUACUUUGACCAAUGGUCUCGAUCGAGAGCAAUUUAGCAGCUAUCGGCUGGUUGUGAGUGGUGCAGACCAGGAUGGAGUAGGACUGUCAACUCAAUGUGAAUGCGAUAUUAAAGUGAAAGAUGUCAACGACAAUUUCCCAGUGCUUAAAUAUUCUCAGUAUUCAGCACGUAUUGAGGAAAAUACUGUAAGCUCUGACUUACUUCGAUUUCAAGUGACAGAUUGGGAUGAAGAGUAUACAGAUAAUUGGUUGGCCGUGUAUUUCUUUACCUCUGGAAAUGAAGGGAAGUGGUUUGAAAUAGAAACUGACCCAAGGACCAAUGAAGGCAUCCUGAAAGUGGUAAAGCCUCUAGAUUAUGAACAAAUACAAAGCAUGCAAUUUAGUAUUGCUGUCAAAAAUAAAGCUGAAUUUCACCAGUCAGUAGUCUCUCAAUAUAGAGUUCAGUCAACCCCAGUCAUAAUUCAGAUCAUAGAUGUAAAAGAAGGAAUUGCAUUCCGCCCUGCUUCCAAGACGUUUACUGUGAAAAAAGGCAUUAGUAGUAAACACUUGAUUAAUUAUAUCGUGGGAAUAUAUCAAGCCAUCGAUGAAGACACUAACAUGGCUGCCUCAUCUGUUAGAUAUGUCAUGGGUCGUAAUGAUGGCAAUUUGUUAACUAUUGAUCCAAAAACUGCUCAAAUCAAAUUUGUCAAAAACAUCGCCCGGGAUUCUACUUUCAUAGUUAACAAGACAAUCACAGCUGAGGUUCUGGCCAUAGACGAAAACACGGGUAAAACUGCCACUGGCACCGUACAUGUUGAAGUACCUGGAUUUAAUGACAAUUGUCCACCAGUUGUCCUGGAAAAAGGUGAAAUCUGUAGUUCGUCACCUUCCGUGGUUGUGUCAGCAAGAGCCCUGGAAAGAGACAGAUACAUGGGUUCCUACACAUUUUCAGUGGAGGAGCAACCUCUAAAGUUGCCAGUUGUGUGGAGAAUCACAACUCUCAAUGCUACCUCGGCACUGGUAAGAGCCCAGCAGCAGAUAUCUCCUGGAGUGUACAGAGUCCCCCUCACGGUUACAGGCAACAAGGACCGGAAUUGCGAGUCCUCGGAGACCUUGACCCUGACGGUCUGUCAGUGUAACGACAGGGGCUCCUGUAGAAGUUCAAACACUGACCCUCAUAUCCAGCCCCAGAGGCAGCUGUCCAGGCUGGGGCCCGACGCCAUCGGUUUGCUCCUUCUCGGGCUUUUGCUGCUGCUGUUGGUCCCUCUCCUACUGCUAACCUGUGACUGUCAAAGGGGUCCCACUGGGGGAGUGGCAGGUGGUUUUAUUCCAGUUCCUGAUGGUUCAGAAGGAACAAUUCAUCAGUGGGGAAUUGAAGGAGCUCAACCUGAGGACAAGGAAAUCACAAAUAUUUGUGUGCCACCUAUAACAACUAAUGGAGUAGAUAUUGUGGAGAAUUCUGAAGUUUGUACAAAUACAUAUACCGGAGGGACAGUGGUGGAAGGUGUUUCUGGAAUGGAACUGACCACCAAGGUGGGAGCAGCUACAGGGUCUGGAGCUGUGCCGGGAUUUGGAGCAGCAGCUGCACUAGGCCCCUGUCCCCUGGGGCAUCUGGGACUUGAAACUAUGAGAACAAGACAUUCCACCAGGGGAACCCUGAAGGACUAUGCAGAGGGGGCCAUAAACAUGAAUUUCCUAGAUUCCUACUUUUCCCAGAAAGCAUUUGUCUGUGCAGAGGAAGAGGGUAUCCAAGAAGCAAAUGACUGCUUGCUGAUCUAUGAUAACGAAGGCACAGAUGAUGCUCCUGAUUCUCCCGUGGGAUCCCUGGAUUGCUGUAGUUUUAUUGUUGAUGACCUGGAUGACAGCUUCUUGGACUCACUUGGCCCCAAGUUUAAAAAACUUGCAGAGAUAACCCUUGGUAUUGAUGAGGAAGCCAAACAAGCUCAUUCACCCCCUCAAUACAGUGGUCCUGGGAUUGACCACAAGAGUCAAUCUUGUGGUAGACUCCAAAGGAUUGACCACAAGGGUCAACCUUGUGAUCAGCCUCAAGGGAUUGAGCCUUGUGGUCAAUCCCUUGGAGUGGACUCCUGUAGUCGACUCAUAGAAGUCCAGCAGUCAGGACUUGAGAGGUACCAGACUUUGUCUGGCAGUCAAGAACCUCAUGCUUUGUCUACCUAUGGGUCGCUCCAGCCAGCCAUUCCCAUACCCGACCCUCUGCAGCAUAGUAACUAUUUGGUAACAGAGUCUUACUCAGCUUCAAGUUCCUUUAUGCAACCUACCACUGCAGUCUUUGAUCCACUUCUCACACGAAAUGUAACAAUGACAGAAAGGGUGAUUUGUCCCCUUUCCAAUAUCCCCAGUUCCACAGACCCACAAGGGUCAUGCAAUAUGCUUUGUACUGAAGAUACUUGUUCCCGUCAGUGACCAGAAUGAACAAAAAUAACAUUCUGGCCAAUAAUUUGGACAAAAUUAUUUAAAAUAACAUAGCAAAGCUCACUGUUUUGGCCUAUUAUGACAUUUAUUAUAUACUCUCAUAAAUUAACCAUGAUCACAGAUUAAAUAUUCUGGUUCAUACAACAAACGUGGAUAUGUUCUCACUCUUAAUUCUCUAAUAUUUUUCAAAUUACAGUAAACUUUUACCUUUUUUAAAAAAAAAUCUUUUUUAAAAAUUGUAUUGUGUGGGAAAUUUUUCUAAACAUUUUUAAACUUCUGUGCUUUUAGUGCCAAAGGAAAGUUCUUAUCACUUUAAGAUGCAAUGUGGUUUAGUGGAUGAAGCACUUGGAGUCAAAAAUUCUAGUUCUUGUCUCCACCACUUUUUCUUGUGUCUUUAAUAAUGAUACAAGAAUAUCAUUAAUAAUUACUUCAGAAUCACAAAAUAUUUGCUAAUGCAUUUUAAACUGCUUGGGGAAAAGUUGUGUUUUCCCAUCUUCUUGACCCUGGUACAUCCUUUCUCAAGCUAAGGGCCAUGGGCUUGUGUAUCAAACUUGCUAUGUCUGUAUCCCAUUUAUGCUCAGAAGAAGACAAUUUUGAAAUAGAAAUAAUCAUAGGCCAUUUAUGAAAAUGUAUUAUGCUGUAAAUAAUAUUUUGUGCAUUUUUAAUCCUCAAAAGGAUCUAUCCAAUGAAAAUACACUGAAGCUCCACUCUGUAUGUCUCAGUAGCAAAUCCUGUGUUAGUGUUUGUAAAAGUAGCUCAGUACUUUUUAAGUGUUAGUGGGUAAGCAUAAAUUACAUAUGCCAGGCAGUAAGGUUUAUUAAUAUCUAUAGACUUUGUGGGACAAAAUAUAGCUUUUCUUAUAAGCAAAAGCAACUAUAGACUAGAAUAGCACAUGGUGAAAUCUGUAAAUAUGUAUUACAAGCAGCAUUUCAGGAAAAUAGUUGGAAAGUAAUUUUUAAGUCAAAAAGGGAUACCAAAAUGUGAUUAUUAAACUGUUUUCUCAGCCUUUGAUUCUAAAUUAAACUGCAAUAGCAAUUCAAUGCUUGAAUGUAAGAAUGUUAGGUUAGUGAAAGUUUAGAGUUUAUUUUGUGCAGGUUACCCUAAUGGCAAUGCAGCUCUUCAAGUCAUUUCUGGUCAUUCAAGAUGUUCGCCCUUUAGCCCACAGAGAAUGCCCUACCUCACUGCUCCCUGACAUUAUUGUCUUAGCUGAGUCUUUACUAAGUCAUUGUUCAGUUCCAUUAUUUCUAAUGGUAUAUCAAAUACAAAGUUUUAAAUUUCCUUGGGUUUCUUUUUUUGCCAUAAUAAAAACUGAAAUACAUUUUUCUAGAUAGAUUGCAAACUAAUCGAGUGUUUAUGUCUUUAACCUAGAAAGGUACAAGUCUGAGGAUGCCCAGAAGGAAGCAACUGCCUAAAUAUGGCUUUCCUGGUGCGUGGCUCUCCCUGGCACCAUGAUGCCCGGAAGGCCAGCCCUGAAAGCACUGGUGGCCCGAGCCUCCUGACAAGGGUGCCUCAAGGCUUUCCAUGUGCCCCUCUCAGGGUGAGAGGAGCCAGACCCCUGGAGCAGGCUACUGAGUGACUGUUGAUGCCAAUCCUGUUUCCUGUUUCUCAGUAGACAGCCCGAUCUGGGGUCUAAAGCACACACACGUUGAUUUGCACCUCUGUUUAUGCAUGAGGGUUAAGUUAAUAAUCAUAAUAGCCUUUAUUUAAAAUUCAAAGGUAUAUUUAGGAUCCUCAAAGCAUUUUAGCUUUGCUUCUUAAAACCAAUUUAUGAAACAAGAAUUUAGCUAUGUUAUUAAAGGGCUGGGGAAGCCAGGUCAUAAUAGUAAAGGUUAUAUUAGAGAAAAACUGCAAUUAAAUAUGUUUUUAAUUUUUUUAAAAAAAUGGUGUUUAAGGUGACCUAAAAAUUAAUUUUCUAUGUAAAAUGUGUCUGCAUUUUUUUCAUCAAAA